AAAAUUCAGCUUAAAAAAAAGUUUCUUAAGGACUUAAAUUGUUUUAUAUCUAUUUCAUUAACAAGUGAGGUAGUUAAGGUUAUACAGUUUCAAGCAUGACUGUUGCUAGGUCCUACAGAUUUUACCACGAAGUGUUCUGUUUAUUGCCUGUCCCUAAACAGCUAAUGAAUUGUCCAAAUUCUUAUCUCAGGCUUUCCUGAUCCCCCCCCUGCAGAAUUCAAGAGUUUGUAAUUUCGCUUUCGAUUUCCUCUUUUGAUCCAGCUGGAUUCUUUUCUUUCUUAUUUUUACUAGUUUGCUCAAGUUCUAGUACAUCCUAUUUUUUCCCUUGUUAAUUUGGACGUUCUACUGUACUUUUCCAUUCUCAUAAUGGUUACCUUACCUAGAACUCAUAAUCAGACGCAUGUUUCUCUCAUUAUUGGAAAAGAAGAUGGCAGUGAUUUCCUCUAUCAACAAGUCCUUUUUCCCCUACCCCAGUAAACUGCAACCUUACAUUUCUUUUUACUCCUCCACAGGAAUUGUUUUUUAUUUACUAAUGGACACGCAUAGGCCGGUGGUUGGGAAUAUUUUCUCCCUGGGGGUAACUUCCUCCUCCGCUGUGACCCUCUAAUCAGGUCUGGGAAGAUGUAACUAGAAAACAGAACGUAGAGGAGGAAAUGCUGCAAAGAGGCCACGCACAGGCUGGAAUUUCCCUGACGUUUAAAUGGGCUUGGACGGCCCCUGGACCUACAACUGAACAGAAAAGCGAGGCCCUCCAGCCGUUAAGUCAAAAGGCCCGCUCACGCCGGCUCCGCUCCACUGCCCAAGGACUGCGAUUCCCAGAGCCCUCCGCGACCCAAGAGGCCGCGGCCGCGGGUGCGCAGGCGCACACCUGCCCCCGCGUGUGGGCUGGAAGCGCGCAGCGCAGAAGUGGUCAGAUGGGAGCUCCGGGUCUUGCGAGGUGAGUCUUAGCGGCGGCGCCCCGGGUGUCGCCCUUUGACCCGCCCUGCUAUGGCCAGUCCCGGAAGGCAGCGGCGGUUUCUGCUGUGAGCACUCCCCGCAGGCAGCCCUGUGAGGAGCCGAGGCCAGACCGCGCGGAACGGGGUCUGGGUCCCCACGGUUCCCGCGCCUGGUUGCACGGAUUACGUCACGUGUUGUGGAGGAUGGGGGCUGGCCCGGUGCGCCUCUCCUCUUCUCUGGAGAUCCCAAGGGUUAAAGUGAAGGGUGGGGAAUUGUUAACUGGUAUGGAGGACAGCCCCCUCCCCAGGCGAUCGGGCGGUCCCCUGCCCAGUGCCGUGCGCAGGAGUUCAGCUGGGGGCUGGCGCCGCCGAAGCCUCACCCCGAGAAACAGGCUUCUGCGCUCGUCUUCCGCGCUUCCUUUGUCCUCGGCCAGCGCCCCUGUUUGUGUGCCUUUAAUGGCCUCUGGGUGCGUCCCACCUCCUUCCCUUUAGAUUUUCCUGACGCUGGAUACCUUACCCGAGACCACGUCUUGCCCAUAGCAGCCGCAUCUCAGGACCCUGCUACAGAUCCUGGGUGUUUGAAUAAGAUUGCCUCAUAGGAAAUUUAAAUUCUUCUUUUGUUGUGGCCACUACAGAAACUUGAGAAAGAGUGGAGGGGCCAUCUGGAGGAGGCUGCCUCUUCAAUACCUCUGAGAGUCAGUAAUUGAAAACAGGGUGCCCCUGAAAGACUCCUGCUAGUAUGGGCCUUCUGCAGAGCCAGUCCAGGCUAGGAUGGCUGGAUCACUAACAGCAGCUGAAACUCUGGCCCUUCAGGAUACACAGGAUCAAGAGAAGAUUAUGAUGAUGGAGCCAAAGGAAGAGGAACAGUCUUGGGAGUAUGAGACCAGGCUACAUGGGAACCACUCUCCCAGUCAGGAGAUCUUCCGCCAACGCUUCAGGCAGCUCUGCUACCAGGAGACUCCUGGUCCCCGGGAGGCCCUGAGCCGACUAAGGGUACUCUGCUGUGAGUGGCUAAGGCCCGAGAGGCACACCAAGGAGCAGAUCCUGGAGUUACUGGUGCUGGAACAAUUCCUGACCAUCCUGCCAGAGAAGCUCCAGUCCUGGGUGCGGGGACAUCACCCUAAGAGUGGAGAGGAGGCUGUGACUGUGCUGGAGGAUUUAGAGAAAGAACUUGAUGAACCAGGACUGCAGGUCCCAGGCCCGGCACACGGACCUGCACAGGAAGAGCCGUGGGAGGAGAAGGAACCUGUGGGAGCAGCCCCGGAGAAACCAAGCAUCCAGCUCCAGCCUAAGGAGACCCAGCCUUUCCCAGAGAGCGAACAGGUAUAUUUACAUUUUCCAUCAGUUGUUGCAGAAGAUGAUGCAGAGCCCAAGGACAAAGGGUCAUUGCCAGAACCACCCAUUACUGACGUGGAAUCACAGAUGCUUAGAGAAAAACUCACCACCAGCACCUCUACAUUUGAAGCUGCCUCUGAAGUUGAGGCCCCUUUAGAGCAGCAGCAGAGAAAUCUCAAAGGGGAAAGACUGAAGCAGUCCCCCGCUCAGGGGAAAAGCUUCAGGCAGAUGGUUGUCACCCUUAAGACAGCUUCCACAGGGAAGAAAGACCAUGAAUGCAGUGAAUGUGGUAAAGCCUUCAUUUAUAACUCACACCUUAUAAUCCACCAGAGAAUCCAUUCUGGAGAGAAACCCUAUAAGUGCAGUGACUGUGGGAAAACUUUCAACCAGAGCUCAAACCUCAUUCAGCAUCAGAGAAUUCAUACAGGAGAGAAACCCUACGAAUGUCAUGUGUGUGGGAAGUCCUUCAGGUGGAGUGCUCAUCUUGUUCAACAUCAGAGGGUUCAUUCAGGGGAGAAGCCCUACGAGUGUAAUGAGUGUGGGAAGGCCUUCAGUCAAAGCUCAUAUCUAAGUCAGCAUCUGAGAAUCCACAGUGGAGAGAAACCUUUCCUAUGUAAAGAGUGUGGGAAGGCCUACAGAUGGAGUUCUGAGCUUAUCAGACAUCAGAGAGUUCAUGCCAGAAAAGAGCCUUCCCAAUGGACUGUGGGUGAGAAAGUCUCCAGACAGAAUUGUACUUUUGUCUAAUCAGUUUUAGGACUAUAUUCCAUAAAAGUUCUAAGCACCUUAA